AGCAAAUUAACCGAUUUUAUUUAUAAAAUUUGGCUGCCUAGUUCCAGCUGUCGUACUUACUAUGAAUUGAUCAUAUGCCGAUUUAGGUCCUGUAUUCCCCAUCUCUAUUACGUAAAAGUACUUGUAAUUACCAAAACCACAGUAAUUUUCAUUUAUUUAAAUAUACUCAACCAUUCAGUGCUAGUGCAAAAAUAUCUUGACUCCUUGGCGAAUUAGACUUUUUACGAAACUCAGUAUAUCCAUUUUGUUCAUUAAAACUGAGAAACGGACCUAUUCAUUCAUAUCCGAUCCUCCUGUUCCUCUUUCAUUUCAGCUUAGAGUAAUCGAAAUGUAUGCUGCUCGGGAUAUUAUCAUUCUUUUGACCAUUGGGAUUACUUUGGUUGUCCCAACAAAUGCAGAACCCAUUGGCCCAUUGAAAUGCAACUUAACUUGGGUCACGUCUGCAACGGAUGGAAAAGUUCCAGCAAAAUCCAUAGCGAGUCAAAUGGGGACGCAUUUUGUCAUCAAGGGUACCACCGGACCAGAACAAGGUACGAUCGGAAGAAUGUCCGCAACCAACGGAACCAAUGGACCAGCGUUUAUUCCAAAUUCCUCCACGGUGAAGGAGCUCCAAGUUUAUCAAGCUUUAAACAAUGUCUAUGACUGUCUAACCGAGUGGGUUUUGCCAGGGGACGAAAGAAUACAAAAACUGGCGUUUGAAUUAGAAGGUAAAAGAAUUGGCAGGGUGAUGGAUUCAACUGAUAAUACAUUACUUCCGGGGUUCAUAUCUGGAGCGGAAAUCGUUUAUGUGGAUUUGAAUAAAGUACAGAAGACAAGUAGGGAAUUCUACGUUUUAAUUAGUUAUUCAAAGGGGCUCUCGCUUUUACUCAGCGAUUUUGAAUUUACCAACGAUAAUUCAGAAGGGUUAGAUUUUAUGGGCUUGGAUGAAAUAAGGAACGAGGCGGAAGUUGAAGUCACCCAAACAGUUACGCAUUCCAAAAGUGUAACUGAAAGUUUCACAUUUAGCGAACAUGAAAGUCAAACGACGUCUUUCUCAAUCUCAGUAAAUGUUGACGUGAGCGCAGGUUUAGAAUUUAUUCAAGCUGGGGUUGGGCUCGGGGUCGAGUUUGGAAUGUCAUGGGAGAGCGGGAUGGAAAAAGAAGUAAGCACCACUAGAUCGCGUGACAUUGAAGUUAGCAGAACAAUUGCUGUCCCACCAUUAACAAGAAUACAGGCCUGCUCAACGAUUAAAUCAAAGGAGAAUUUUACGUUGCCAUACACAUGCUUGGGUAGAUACAAAGCUCCAGGGAUGACCGGUAGUCAAGUAGUAAACUUGCUUAGGGAAGAGACCGACCUUCAGGCUUAUGCUGAGCGGGAGUUUGCCGUAGUUGAAAUUAGAGGAACUCUUACAGGGUCAAUGUCUUUGAGCACCCAAUUUAUUGUUACUCCAAUUGAUGCUCUAUAUGGGUGUAGUGAGAUGGAGUUAGAUAUCGAGAAUGAAAGGUCAAGGUUGCGUAAACAGCAAAGAAGAAUGUUAUUUUCGAAAAUUACAAACUGAGUUAUUAUAAUAAAUAAGUGAGAGAUGAGAUUUAUAAAAUAAACAAAUGUCUUACAAAACUUUAAGUUUAAAAAUUAUUUACACUCGAAAAAUUCCAUACUCGCUGUUUAAGUUUGGCCUUUACAUAUUAAUUAGUCUAUAUAGCUUAGGUUACUGUUAGAUUGAAAUAGAUUAGAACAAGUACAUGUUAAACUAAAAGCAUCCUAUCAUUGGUUUGAUUUUAGACUCCCCGCCGUAAGCUUGCAUGUAAAAAACUCUGUAUUGUCAAACAUAUUGAGUUUAGUGGUGUCGAUUAGUCUGGAAUGCAAAUGCCCGUAUUACACAGUGAGGAAAUAAAAUUUUAAAUCUUAUAAUCUAUUUUGAAUAAUAAAGUAAUAUUGUCACAUAACACAUGGACUUAUACAUAUACUAACAAUCAUUUACAAAUACCAAGCAUAAUCAUGUGAUACGGGCUGCAGCCAUCGUUUGAAGUAAUUUAAAUUGAAUUUAUUGAAAAAUACUAAUGGUUCAAUGAUAAUUUAUUUAAUUUUUUGACAGGUACCUUCAUUAUUGAGAUGGAGAUGAAUAUAACGAUUUUCAUAAUUUUUUUAUAAUGUCGUAUCGCAUUCUUUGAUUAAAAUCGAGUGGAGCUUGCAUAUUAUUGGUAAACAAUUACAAUUAGAAAUAGAUACAUAUUAUUUAUUUGUCUCAUUCAUUUUGUCUACUAAGAAGUAACUUGUUUGACAAUGGGCGUCCUAACUGAAAAGUAUGAACAAGUUCCCACUAGUUGAUAAAUUUUUACAGAUUUACCCGUGGGAACUGAGUAAUAAGUUACUUCUUCAGACUUCUCGGGUACCCAAAUUUC